AUGUCAAAUAUAAUGGACGACGAACUAAUCUUUCUUGAGAUGCUGCCAGAUAACCGGCUUCCACCACGCUGGAGGCACACGACUGCGGACCGUGUCGCGAUGGUGGUUGACGAUCGAACUGGGACCCAAUAUGCAUCCGCAACAAUAGAGAAGCCGUACUGGCAAAUGUACACCAUUUUUUGCGGCGAUGCAGGCGUUCAAGCUCCGAAGUGGAUGGCAGUCCAACAACUGCUCUUCGGCAUGAUUCGCCAAAGAAGAAAGAAACAUCCUGACCUGCUACCUUUGAUGGGAAGUAUCGAGACGCCCGAGUGGGUGCAGUUGUACCGAGAUCUGGUUCCAGGCGAUGAUGUCAAACAUAAGGCCUUUGGCCUUCAUAAAUAUGACCUGAGAGGCAAGGAGAGGUUCUUUAGAGGCCAGGACGAGGACGAGCUGACCGAACUGUGGUAUAGCACCCGGUAUCGACUUUGGCUGGAGCUUAAACUGAGUCUAUUGCUUCUGUGCUGGUAA